AAACUUGUCCAGGGACAACUGGGGCAGCUUCACUUCUCCUCCUCCUUUGUGAGCUCAAUCCAAAGCUCUCUCAUUAAGGCGUCGGGAUCCCUCACGUGAGAACUUGAUUUGUAGUUUGAACACGUGGCUCAUUCAAAAAGCCGAAAUAUCCAAGUGAUUUUUCCCCUCCCCUCCUCCCACGCUGCUUUUUUUUAAAGAGGCGGUGCCUACAUUCACGUAUUGUAACAUUUUUAUACUCCGCCUGCUGCUGCCAAAGAGGCUUGGGGGCGAGAUAAAAAAAGUAGUUUCUUCCUCCCAUCUCUCCCCCCCCCCUUUUUUUUAAACCCGCCAUCGUAGUUGCAAAAGAGACGUGAUUUCCCCCAUCGGUUCGGAUAACGUAGCGAAGACUCACUAUUCCGAUUUGGUCGGUGGCUCUUUUUUUUUUUUAACUCCGGGGAGAGAGAAGGAGGGGGGUGGCUGGCUGGGUGGGGGAGGGACCGACGGAUACAAGCUGCAGUUGUGAUUUUGUUUUCUCUCCCGGUGGCUUUGCAUUUUAUUUUAUCCCCUGGAUCCUUGGAAGGUUUUCGUUUUGAUGCAAGAGGCGCGUGCAGGAUAGAGAUAUCUAUUUUAAAAGAAAGUAAAGCUCUAUUUUUAAUUAAGAAGAUGAAUAAGCUGUAUAUCGGGAACCUGGGCGAAAACGUGAGCCCUCUGGACCUGGAAAGUCUCUUUAAGGAGUCCAAGAUCCCCUUCACCGGCCAGUUUCUGGUGAAGACGGGAUACGCGUUCGUGGACUGCCCCGACGAAAACUGGGCGAUGAAGGCUAUCGAGGCACUUUCAGGUAAAGUUGAGCUGCAUGGUAAACUCAUAGAAGUUGAGCAUUCAGUUCCCAAAAGACAAAGAAGUCGAAAACUUCAGAUCAGAAAUAUCCCGCCACACUUGCAGUGGGAGGUGCUGGAUGGUUUGCUAGCACAGUAUGGUACAGUCGAGACUUGUGAGCAAGUGAAUACUGACACAGAGACUGCAGUAGUAAAUGUAACAUAUGCCAAUAAGGACCAGGCCAGGCAAGCAAUAGAAAAACUGAAUGGAUUCCAGCUUGAAAAUUACGCAUUAAAAGUUGCAUAUAUUCCGGAUGAGAUGGCGGCACAGCCACCUCCUCAGCAGCACCCACAGGGGAGACGUGGCUUUGGGCAGAGAGGUCCACCUAGGCAAGGCUCACCAGGUGCAGCUACACGGCAAAAACCACAGUCUGAUGUUCCGCUACGGAUGCUGGUUCCUACCCAGUUUGUAGGAGCCAUUAUUGGAAAAGAAGGAGCCACCAUCAGAAACAUCACCAAACAGACACAAUCAAAGGUAUCAGUUUAUUCAUUUCUGCUUUGUAGAUUGCAGGACUUGACGCUCUAUAACCCAGAAAGGACCAUUACAGUUAAAGGCAGUAUUGAAACAUGUGCCAAGGCUGAGGAAGAAAUAAUGAAGAAAAUCAGGGAGUCCUAUGAAAAUGAUAUUGCUGCUAUGAAUCUUCAAGCACAUUUAAUUCCAGGAUUAAAUUUGAAUGCUUUGGGACUAUUCCCACCUUCCUCUUCAGGGAUACCUCCUCCAACUGUGGGGGUUGCUUCAGCUGCCGCUGCUUCUUCAUACCCUCCAUUUGGGCAACAGCCUGAAUCUGAGACUGUUCAUCUGUUUAUCCCAGCCUUGGCAGUGGGGGCCAUUAUCGGCAAGCAGGGGCAGCACAUCAAACAACUUUCACGUUUUGCAGGUGCAUCUAUAAAGAUUGCACCUGCUGAAGGACCAGAUGCUAAGCUAAGAAUGGUGAUAAUCACGGGACCACCAGAGGCACAAUUUAAGGCUCAAGGGAGGAUCUAUGGAAAACUAAAAGAAGAAAAUUUCUUUGGGCCUAAAGAAGAAGUGAAACUAGAAGCUCAUAUAAAAGUACCAUCUUAUGCUGCUGGUAGAGUUAUUGGUAAAGGAGGCAAAACAGUAAAUGAACUUCAGAAUUUGACAAGUGCAGAAGUCGUCGUUCCCCGUGACCAGACACCUGAUGAAAAUGAUCAGGUGGUUGUGAAAAUUACUGGCCAUUUCUAUGCAUGUCAGCUUGCCCAGAGGAAAAUUCAGGAAAUAUUGGCUCAGGUAAGGAGGCAGCAACAACAGCAAAAGACAGCGCAAAGCGGAUCAACUCAGCAAAGACGAAAAUAAAGGCUGAGGAAAAGACCCUUCGGAGACAGAUGCCAGACCAAAGAGAGACUGUUAAUGGACAGGUUCUGAGCACCUGUUGGAGUUGUAUGCAGAAGUUUCACCAAGCCAGUCACUUGUCUGAGGACCAGGCCACACUUGGCAGUCUGUCUCUGAGAAUGUAUUCUUUAGGCUCUCUUACUUUUGAAACCCAGCUUUAAACUAAGGACCCCUUCACUUCCCUUUUUGUUCUAUUCUCACAGUUCAACAUAAACUUGUUAGUCUUCUUUUAUUGUUCUUACUAUUCCCCAGCAAUUUUUAGAACUUGGUUUAAUGAAGCUUUCUCUUUUGAGUUCACUGAAUUAAAAAAAAGAAAGAAAAGGCAUUGCUCUUCUAGGUCCGCUUGUAGAAGAAGAAAAGGCAAUUGGAAGGGUGGGAUUCUGGGAGGGUUUGGGUUUAGAACAAGGGCAUUGACAAGAGGUUAAGUGUUACUCCCACUGUUAACCAAGUGGCAUUUCUUUUAAAACAUUUGGUUGCAUUUUUACAUAACACUGCCAUGUAUAAACUAAGGGAAGUGUUGAAUGGUGUUGGCCAGGGCAUGAAAAGAUAAAUAUGCAUUUUACUAAACUACCUCAGGCAUUUAAUACCUCAGAUAAGAAAUUGUUCCUUUUUUUUCUUUUGGGUAUUUUGUAUACUUUAUAAAGCUAAUAUUUCUUGAGCAUUUUAUUUUUUUAAGAAAAGUAAAAUUUGAUCAGCCAGCAGCUGGAAGUACUACAGAACUUAUUGAGGGCGGGGGAUGAAAUAUAGUAGAUCACUUCUAGCUGCUGGUUGACGGGAGUGAGAUGGAAAAAAUAUAGUCUCAGAUUAUAUCUGAGGGUUUCAACACAAUCAUUUGUUUGGGGGAGGGGGGGUUAGUGAAUGUUCAGAAGAUACCUAAACAAAUGCCAACAUUCUAAUAGCAGCAAUGCCAUGAUUUUUCUUUUAAGAUGGGAUGAAAAAGUUUGUGAUGGUACUUUGUUGGGAACAGAACAAGGAAGUGAUGGCAAGAGGCUGGGACUUGGGGGUAAAUUUUAGCAAGUCUUCUGCAGACUGGAAAUGUUUUUUUUCCUUGUGCUACUUGAUUGAAUGCAUGAACCCUUUGUGCCUUUGACCAUCACUACCUACCUACUAAUGCUACAUUAAAACAUUUGCCACCCAUUUGUACUUUGCUGUUCUGUUUCAAAGAGCAAGCUUCAUCUUCAGUUUCGUAAGAUGCUUCAUCUGCUAGAGCAGUUUAGAGGCCUGGUUUCUCUGCUCUCUAGCAGAUUGCUUCAUACUGUUUUCGGUUACCAUGAUAGAGGAGGGGAGGAAAGAUCAAACACCGUUUGGUCUCAUUUAAAGGUAAUGAAAGGCUAAGUUUACAUAUCCAGCCGCUACUAAGGGCCACACUUAAGCCACUUCGAAGGUUUCUCUCUCUUUUAAAAAAAAAUGAAUUAAUGCAACCUCAAGCUUGGCUUUCAAAAUAGAUGCAGCAGGAUUUAUGCACAUUCUGCAACCAACCCAUUACAGGAGGAUGAGAACUAAUUAAAAGGCAGGGAUCACAGGAAAUUUACCAAAUUUUUUCCCUUUGUUUCAGAAUGUAAUUUGAAUCAUGAUUGUGGUAAUAUGCAUUCAAGUUUCUACAAUAAACUUCAGUCUACCUCAGUUUUAACAAUGUGGCAACACAUGGUGCAUAAAGACUGCUGUGCGUGUGCACGCCUGCCCGUGUGCACGAGCCAUGCUAUUACCUCGGACCCUUUUGUUUGUGAUGUUUCUGUGCAUGAGAAGAUUGGAAUUGCUAUGCUGCACUGAUUUGAGGGGCACAAUUAGCAAAAACAAAAUUUUUGUUUCACCAUUUUGUUGAUCUACCUCUUAGAUUGAUAUUAAAAUAGAGGCAUUUCUACAUAGAAUAGAUCAUUUUCCCAAAGAUCAUUGUUGUACAGGUUAGAUAACUUUUGAAAAAUGGUCUGGUGUUUUUUACUUCAUCUUUUCUUUACUAAUUGGUUUAAAAACCACAAAUUUAUGUUGUAGUUUAGCAGAAGGAAAAAUGGAAGGGAUUUUUUUUGUUCUUGGACAGUACUUUACCUAAUCUUUAGGAGACUUUUUUUCUUACAAUGAAUUUACAAUUACUGAAGUAUAAGGUCAUAGUGUGAAGUUUUGUUGUCUGAAUCCAGUAUUUUCUCAAUAUUGGAGAAAGAUUGAUUUGAUUGUUUUCCAUAACAGAAUUAUUUUACAUAAUAAGUGCUGCAUUUACAUCUGCUGAUUUAAAUAUUGUCAUUUCUCUUAAAUUACUAGACAUUAGCGUGGUAAAUCAUGUCUUUUACUUUCAACUGAGAUUUGGUAACUUGGAGUAUUUGGAUAUAGCUAGCAAUUUAUUCUGUAAAUGACUGCAGUAUUCACAAAAGUAUUGAUCAUUUCUCUUCUGUAAUGUGCCCCCAAUGCAGCUUCACUUGCCAGGUGCCUCUGAAUGGAAUAAAGAGUUUAACUCCUAUCAUCAGA